CCGAGUCUACUGUCAUCAGUUGUUUGUUCCAACAAUUCAACAAUAACACCAACAGCUCUCUUGAAGAAAUAGAAACAGUACUACAACACAAAAUGGCCAAUUUCACUAGUUCCUUGUUUGCUCUCGUCGUUUUGGUGGCCGUCUCCAUGGCCAGCGAUCCUUAUUCCUACGGUGGAAGCAAAGGAUAUUCACCAUACGGAUCCUCGUACUCGGUCAAGUACGAUAUGGACUACAAGGGCCCAAAGGGAUACGACAAGGGUUACGAUAACAAACCUAGCUAUGGUUAUCACUCUGCUCCUUACGGCUACGACAAGAAACCAAGCUACGACUACAGUCCUCCAUCUUACGGUUACGACAAGAAACCUAGCUACGAAUACCAGCCUUCUUCUUAUGGCUACGAUAAGAAACCAAGCUACGAUUACAGCCCACCUUCCUACGGAUACGACAAGAAACCUAGCUACGAAUACCAACCUUCUCCUUACGGCUAUGGUAAGAAACCAAGCUACGACUACAGCCCCCCAUCUUACGGUUACGACAAAUACGAGAAACCCAAAUCUUACGGCAGCUACUCCCCAAGCUAUUAAUUCCAUCACCAGACCCACCA